AUGUGUGUCAUCAACAAGAACACCGCCAUUGCUGGCGUCCUCGCUUUCGCAGCCAAGACUGCAGCUCAUGGUAUCGUUACCGGCAUCGUGGCUGAUGGUCAAUACAACCUCGGUUAUGAUCCGGGUUUCAAAUACCGGAACCCUCCUCCCACCGUUGCAGGAUGGUCCAUUCCAACUGUCGAGGAUAGAGGCUUCGUCUCCGACCUCAACGGGCCCGACAUUGUCUGCCAUAGAGGCGCCACCAACGGUCAGACCUAUGUCAAGGUCGCGGCCGGCGGUACUCUCGAGUUCCAAUGGACUGAAUGGCCUGAGGCUCACCACGGACCUAUGAUCGACUACCUAGCCCCUUGCGGUGGUGACUGCACUACCGUCGAGAAGACUUCGCUCAAGUUCAUCAAGGUUGCCGAGGCCGGUCUCAACAACGGCUCUCCCGCCCCUGGGAGCUGGGCUUCCGAUGACAUGAGAACCAACAACAACACUUGGGUUGUCAAGGUGCCCUCUGAUGUUGCUCCUGGCAAGUACGUCUGGCGUCACGAGACCAUUGCCCUCCACAGUGCGCACGAGUCGCAUGGUGCUCAGCCAUACCCUCAGUGUGUCAACGUCGAGAUCAGUGGCUCAGGCACCAACGAUAUGUCCGGUGGCCAGUCUGCCGAGGAGUUUUACUCUUGGACUGACCCUGGUAUUGAGCUGAACAUCUACUACCCCCCUCUGACCUCGUACGAGAUCCCUGGUCCUCCUCUCAUGGAGGGCGGUGGCUCUGGCUCUGGCUCCGCUCCAGCCCCGUCCUCGGGCUACUCGUUUCCCUCUGGUGGCUAUAGCAACUCUACCAUUCAUCCCACUGGCGGAUCCGGCCCCAAACCCACUGGUCGCCCCGGCGGCAACAAGCCUCCUGGCGGCUCCGUGUCCAUCACCGCCACCCCCACCGCGGCCACCCAGGUCGUUGAGACUUCGACCGUCCCAACGCCUCAGGUCCCCGCCGCAGAAGAGGGUGAUGACAGCAUCAAGCCCGUCGUCCCUAACCCUGGCGCAGGCGCUCCUGCUCCCGAGGUCGGCGAGCAGAAGCCCAGCAGCACCGCCCCUGCUUCAUUCACCAGCACCUGGACUGGCCGCAUCGGCAAGCCCACCAAGUUCACUUGCUAUGCUGAGGAAUAA